GCCAAGAUCAAUUUAAAAAGAUCAGCAAAAAUAUCAAUCGUUCGUCAUUCUACUCUUGUUGAGUGACUCGUUCGGACUUAAUUCUCGAGACAAUUGAGAGGAAAUUGCAGAAACAUAGUUUAUUUUUCAACUAAUGCGAUCACGAAUUGGAAGAGCUUGUCUAUAUUUCGAGAUUUCCACAUAUGCAAUGGAUGUUAGGAAUAUAAAUGAGAUAGCUAUGAAAGAUGCAACUUUGGAAGAUAGCGCACAUAAUCAAAAGGUUACUAUGGAUCAUCAAGCAAGAUCUAGUCCACAAAACGAGAAUCAAAACUGGGACAUACCAUGUUCCGCAAAAUUAAUGAAAUUAGAUUAUGGCACUGCAUUGGUUAUCAGUCCAGCACGUGAUGAUAGCCAUUGUCAUGAAAUGGAAGACACUUGCAUUGACAAUAGAGAUAUCUUGCACAAUGGUUUGCACAGUCAAGAGACUCUAGAGGAUAACGGAAAUAUCACUCCUGAUGACUUACGGCAGUUUGAUGUGCUAGACGAUCUAGAUCGUCAUCCAGAACAAAAUGAUGAUGAUGAUUCUGAUGGUGAUUCAGUUUACGACGAAAGUAUGGACUCCGAGGUGCCAGAUGAAGAAAUCGAGGCUAUGCUAGAAGAAGGUCUACCAGAAGAAUUCAGAGGAAAAAGAAAAGACAAAAAGGAUAAUUUGCCUUAUGAGGAAAAGGAAAAACUUGUUUGAAUGGUAUGAAAAAAAAACAAAAUUGGACAUAAUCAUUUUGACGUUUUGCCCGAGGGUUGGGUACAAGUGACACAUAAUAGUGGCAUGCCAUUAUAUCUACAAAAACAAAGCAGAGUUUGUACUGUAGCGAAGCCAUAUUUUCUUGGUCCGGGAAGCGUUAGGAAGCAUGAAGUUCCUGUAAGUGCCAUACCUUGCCUUCAGUACAAAAGAGCCUUAAAAGAAGAGGAAGAGGAACGAAGGAAAGAAAUGGAACGAGCACCCAAUACUGAGAAUUGCAAUCUCCCUAGUGCAAAGAUAGAAACAAUACAAGAGAAUCGUGCUGCGCACUCACUAGAUAGCGAAAGCUUAAGAAAAUAUUGUCAAUCUUUGUUCCGUUUUAAAUCUAUCAAAGUAAUGAGAUUUCAAUCUUGGUCAGCACGUCGUAAGUUCACGAAGAACAAAAAGCAUCGUAAACAACUCGAGCGCCCAACUUUACCGGAUGGUACGAAAUUAAUAACUUUCCCUGUAAGUAGUACUGGUUCGGGUGCCAGUGGAGCCGCCGCCGGCGACGAUAAUGGUCAGAGACCCGCGAAACACUGGAUAAUGAAUCCGUCGGGCAAGAGUUACGUUUGUAUCCUUCACGAAUACGUGCAGCAUGCGCUAAAGAAGCAACCAACGUAUAAAUUUAAGGAACUAGAAAACGCGGCGACACCAUAUUCCGCGGUAGUCUGUAUCAACGAUAUGGAAUACGGAAGUGGAUUCGGCAGCAGUAAAAAGCAAGCAAAGGCUAAUGCGGCCCGAAAAACUCUGGAAAUUUUAAUUCCUCAGAUGAAGGAUAAGAUUUCCGGCGACAACGGUGGUGAUAAUGGAUCAAACAACGCCAGUCGUACGAUAAAAGCGUCCAGAGGGAAUUCCGAUGCAGAUCUUUCAUUUUUCGACGAGAUUACCAUCACUGAUCCGCGCGUCGCGGAAUUUUGUGCAAAAACCACGGAGCCUUCGCCGCACGCUAUCUUGAUAACUUGCCUUCAAAGGAAUUACGGUUUGGGAGAUAUGCACAUUAAAUAUUCGGUAAAUACAUUGAAGCAUCAACGAAAUGAAUUUACCAUGAAGGUUGGAAAGCAUGAAGCUACUGUUGUUUGCCGUAAUAAAAAAGAUGGAAAACAACGAGCGGCGCAAGCGAUAUUGCAACUUAUGCAUCCGCACAUACAGUCUUGGGGUUCUUUGUUGCGCCUUUACGGGUCGCGAAGUGUAAAAUCCUUCAAGGAAAAGAAACAGUUAGAGCAGGAGAUCACUCUCUUGCAGGGCAAAGCUGCUGUUAAUCAACCAAAUCAUGCUAUUCUAAGUAAACUUAGACAAGAGAUGCGUAAAUUAGCCGAACAGCACGAAGCGAUACAACCUAUUGGUAAGUUUGUGUCACCGGAUUUGCCAACAGGAUCCGCAGCUAACUUGAACAAUGUAGAUUUAUGAAAGAGCUAGUCAAUAGAUUUUAUGGAAUCUAAUUGUAGGAGGAAAUGUCUUUUGUAGAUUGUAAGUUAUCGUAAGAUGUAACAUCUUUUAAAAAUUACAUCUUCGUCUAAUGAAGGGCAAAUUAUGAUGUGCAUAAUUAUGAAAUAUACGUUACGAUUUUUUAAUAAGUAUUUUUGUAUUUUAUAUCUAGAUUGUAAUAGCAUUAUUAAGCAUUUCUUAAAUGCUUUUCUAUCCUUAGGUUGAUUAGAUCGAAAUGUACACUGUCUUUACGUAUUUUUUAACGAGAUUAUAUUUAAUCUAAUUUUUAAUAAGAUCUUUAUUAUCGACCAUAACUGGCAAAUAGAUUACAAAGGUCGCACAACGUGUGUGACACACGGUAUUCGUCUCGGUUACAGGCAACUUCUUGAUACAAGUUGUGCGUUGCGAUCAUGAGUACUGUUUGUCUUAUUUAUUAUGGAUAUUUGUCAUUUUUUACCAAAAAUGACUUUAUUCUUGCACUUGAUAAGAACUUGAAAUACAAGUCGAAACGUUGUGCGAUCUUUGUAAUCUAUUUGCCAGUUAUGGUCGAUAAUAAAGAAGAUCUUAUUAAAUAUUAAAUUUACUGGCGAUUCGAGGAGUUAUUUUUAAUCUAAUUUUGCUUAAUUCGAGAGAUGCUUAAUCCAAGCAUUUGAAACAGUGCAAUUAUGAUAAUCGUAUCAUGAUACAUAUGUAUGACAGUAUCUACUUCGUUUUAUUUUUUCAUUGAAACUUAUUUUCUGCAAUGUAGGAAUUAAAAUAUAAAAUUACCAAAUUUUCUUCAGCGCAAUUUAAUAUAAGAUAGUAUUUUAAACAAAUUACGGUAAUUUGUUCUUGUGUGUGAAUCUAAAAUAUAAAUAUUUUAAUGCAUAUCAAUUGCAAAAGUCGAUUUUGUAAUCGAUAACUUAAAAUGUGUGAUGUAUGAAUGCAAGCUCUUAAUAAAAUUAUGUUACAAAUU